UGCGUUGUGAUUGAAUUUCUCGCUUCAUCGCUCGCAACAAGUAUAAUUUCAUAUUUUUCUUCUCAAAACAAUCGCGUAGAUUAUCUUUAUUAGGACAUUUUGAGUUUCAUUACAGAACCGCUUGUCCCCGCCCGGCCUCCGGUCCUUCCUGAUGUGGGUGUGGACACAGAUGACUACACAAAUAAUGGCGGAGAAGCUGCCAAAGUCUUCCUCCUGAAAACAGUUUCGCGUCGAGCGUAGUUUGGCGUCCCUCGUCCGGCUGCGGAGCGUAGCUGGCAUGCUGUGUCAGGAUGGGAAAUCUUUUUGGGAAAAAGAAACAGACCCGAGUGACGGAACAAGACAAAGCUGUUCUGCAACUGAAGCAGCAGAGAGAUAAGCUGAGGCAGUACCAGAAGAGGAUCAAUCUACAGCUGGAGAAGGAACGGCUUUUAGCCAAACAGCUGCUGAAGGAUGGCAAGAAAGACAAAGCACUCCUGCUGCUGAAGAAGAAACGCUACCAAGACCGGCUCCUGGACAAGACGGAGAACCAGAUCAGCAACCUGGAACGAAUGGUUCAAGAUCUUGAGUUCGCUCAGAUUGAAAGGAAAGUCAUCGAUGGGCUCAAAGUUGGAAACGAAUGUCUGAAGAAGAUGCACGAGGUGAUGUCUGUGGAGGAGGUCGAACGGAUCAUGGAUGAAACCCAAGACGCCAUCGAGUACCAAAGGCAAAUAGACGAGAUGUUGGCCGGUUCCUUAUCGCAGGAGGAUGAAGAUGCUGUGCUGGCUGAGCUGGAGGCCAUAACUCAGGGAGACCUGGAGCUCCCUGAGGUUCCUGCAGACAAACUGCCAGAGGUCCCAGAAGCUGCCGAGGAGAAGCCAGAGCGGGAACGUCCGAAGAGGAAGCCGGAGCGAGAGAUGCUCGCUGCCUAGAACCAUCAGCGACCUCCUCUCAUUGACUCGCCGGCUGCUGAAGUUGUUCACGAUCCAACAAACCACACAAACAUUUAGCCGGAGAGUUUGUUCUCCUCCUCCGAUGAGGCGAAACGGCGACAGCGGCGACGGCGGCCACGUCGGUGGCUUCCUCCAUCCCAUCCAGCGGCUGUUUGUACUCACGUGAAGCCAGUCUGGUCCAGUUCACUGCGGCGUCCUGCAGAAAUGCUGACUGGAACCGUGAAGACCUGUGAGAUCAGAUCAUUGUGCCUAACCUCCGUCUGAUCAGCGUCUUUGUUCACCACUGAAUCAUUUUACUCUAACUGCAUGGCUGCUUUUUGAUUUAUCAGGUUAUCUUUGGUUUGUCAGCCUUUAAAGGGUCAGUUCAACUCAAAUUACAAAAAGACAUAUUUACCUAUUUACCUGCAGCUGGUUUUAUCUGGUUGUUUUCUGGUUUAUUUAUACCUUUAUGCUGACGAUACUGUGUUUUUAGGUUGCCUCUCUGUGCCAAUAUCCUGAAUUUCUUGAAAUUUGAUGCAAACAUUCACUUAAAUUUGAAGAAUAGCUGAUUAGAGUUUAGUAUUCAAAGAUAUCUGUCUCCUCACAAAACACACUUCGAGCCAUAAUUCACCAUAAUACAAGAAUUUAAUAUAUUAAAUAUGAUAAAAUUUGGCUCAAACAUCUAAACAGAGUGCACACAUAGUAAGAAACCAGCAGCAAUGUGGCGACCGGAGAUCUUUGGCGAACAAAAAGUUAAACUAAUCUCAACUUUGAAGUGAUGAAAAUGAGGCGUCUACCAAUUCAAGCUAAGGCUACACUAGAUACUGAGUUCAACAAACCACCUCCACAUGGAAACAACAUCCACAACGUUGGUUCCUUCCCUUUUAAACGCAAUAAAAUAAAAAUUUUAAAAAAGUAAACUCAGAACUCAGAUAAAAUAUCUGUUUUUUUAAACAGCUAUGGCUUCUAUCUAUUAACUGUGUUAUGUGUGAACUUUAAGAAACUACGUAAGGAUACGUUGUCAUUGUUGAAGUGAACUUUAGCUAGUUUCAUGCUUUGAGGUGAUGAAAAUGAGGCGUCGACCAAUGAGAGCCAAGGAUAGAGUUGAUACUGAGUUCAACAAAAGCCCUCCACAUGGAAGCAACGUCCACAACGUUGGUUCCUACCAUUUCAAAUGCAACUAAAUUAAAAAAAAAAAAAAAAAAAAUCCACUCAUCUGUUUUUUGUUUUGGUUUAAAAAACAGUGAUAUGUGUGAACCAAAAACAGCUAAAUUAAGCUAAAUGGUCACUGAUGAAGUCAAAUUGGCUAGUUGGCUACUCUUUAGGGUUGGUUACCAUGGCAACCAGAGCCUGUAACAUCCCCUAGCAACCAUUUUACUAUUGGGAGGUUAUUAAUAUGAUAAAAUAAUAUAGUAAUGACAUUUUGCUUCACAUUUAAAAUUGUACCUUUUUAUUAUUUUUUUGAACACAUUUCUGGUCGUAACUUAGCAGCAAAUGAAUCAGAAGGAGCGACUGUGACUAUAUUUCACAUUUGGUGGGGUAAAAUCAGCUGAUAUUGGUCUGGUGAGGAUGUUAACUAACGAGACUCAGUGCUGUAAUUCAGUUUUGUGGUUUCAUUCCUCGAGUCUGGUAGAAACUUUGCGAAGAAUCCUUCAUCCGGACAACAUUCUCAGCUCUCUCUUAGUCCUCGAUCAUGGCUUUUUUUCUUUUCCUUAAAAUCAAGUUUGCACUCGAAGGAUCCUGUUUCAAAUUUGCUGCAGAAAUGAUGAAGAAAAUGACAAAGUUCCUAAACGAAAGAAGACGUUUGAUCAGUGGAAAACCAGAAUGCUGCAGAAGACGAAUAUCUUGAAGUUUGAGUUUUGUUUUUUAAGCCUGAAUUCCAGCAAACACAGCCACACUCUGGAUUGUGAGUCUUUAGAGACAUACUGUAGAUAGGUAGAGAAAUACAACCGCAAGGUGUUUUUUAUAGUUUUUUUCAAGGUUUCAGAUACAAUCUCUGAAUUUCUGCUUCCACCUCAGUGCAAGACAUGAACAGAAUUUCAUUUGUGACACUCAAGGACUUUAAGAAUUAGAUUGAACUAACUCAGCAGCAGCUUUUUGAACCAGAAAACCUAGAAAUCAACACAAAGCCUUAAUUAGAACUGCUUUCUGCAUGCCUGAAUCCAACUGAAAUGGAUUUGUUACGUUUGCUGCAGCUUCUAUGUCAAUAUUCAAGAAAAAAUCUGUAACCAAAAGGGAAAAUUUUUACAUUUUACAUAUUUUUUUGGUUGAAUGAUGGGGCCUUCUGUCUUUGGAAUGCCAGAAUACAUCUAUUUAAGAUAUAACUUUCACUAAAGACCUUUUAUUUCUGCCUUUUAUUGAUAAAAAACUGUAACAAAAACUUGAUUUUAGCUGCAAAAAGAAUGACUUGAACGUUCAGCUGGAUUUUACAAUCAGAUAACACUAGCUGCAUAUUUUUCUUGUAACUUGGAUGAACUGACCUUUUCAUUUUUUUUUCUAGAAUUAUUAUUACUAUUACGCUCUGUAAAGUCUUAUCGUCUCACACUCCAGGCCUUAUCUCCAUCCGUGUUGCCCUUACCUGCCCCUCGCUGGAACUUUUCCCAAACUACCGAAAACACUUUGCGUCACUUUGGUGGAAUAUUCGUCUCCAUCUGACCCCUUUUCAAGCAGCUUAACUAAUCUAAUUCUGUGCUCUCCUUGUGGAUUAGUUCAGUGUCAUUGCAGAAAGGGCUAAUCAUAUCUUCCGUGGGCUCUACCUCCGCAGCCCAGACAACAGCUGGUAAUCUCCUCCACGUAAUAACUUGACAGAACGUGGAUCUUUACCCGGCAGUAUUAUCCACACCGUAAUUAUUUUACUGCUCACAUCAACGCUGGGAGUCGCUUCUAUAGAUACAUGUUAAACCGCGGCAACAACAGUGGCCUACAUCUGUACAGCUUAAGCAUCUCUGAAGAUCCAUCUAACUAAUCUGUAAAUCAGUUAAUCUGGCAGACAGAAAACAUCGAUGACUAACGCUGUCAGGCAGCAAACCGCUCACCUCCACGUGGAAGUUGUACCUCUAUAUCUCUGUAUAUUCUUUUUACAAUAAAAGUGUUUUUUUUUUUU